GUAUUUUCUAGAUGUGGUGCGCUGCUUCCACCAUCUGAGGACGGCCCUUCCAGAGUGCAUAUAUAUUCACGUUCUUUCUUUCCCUCUCACUCGUUCAACAUGCGGUUCGCUGCUUUACUCCUUUCCUUUGUUUUGGCCACGGCUCGAGCUACACUACUUGAGUCGGCCGACGAAGUACUUUUAUUCGAUGCGCCCGCCUUCCAGGAUCCAAACAAUGCUUCUAACAGCGUCAUCAGCUUGCAAUCUUUUGUAUAUCACAAACAAAUCGAUUUAACAACUUUGACGAAUACCCUCACGGCAUGGGAGAACAACGGCAGCAUAGACAAGGCGGUGGAGAGACUCAAGUUGUUUGCUGCAGUUGGAGUGCCAGGCGUUUCGCUUUCGGUGGACGUAGCUGAGUGCAGUGAGCAGGCAACCUUGUCUGCCACGUCGGGUCUACCAGACCUUGGAUUGGCUGUGACAAACGCGUCCAUAGGUCGAUGCGAGGGAGGAAACACCUUUACAGGGACGUUGCUCAAUAAUGGGGAUACCAUUUCCACAACGAUAUUCUCAUCCGGCACCGAUGGCUUUGGGGUUAUUUCCGAUAUCGACGACACUGCGAAAGUGAGCCACGUUUUGAACAAGCUUGAAUAUGUGAAGACCACCCUCUUCGAUAAUCCGGAGCCUGUUCCAGGCAUGCCUAAUCUGUACGCGUCUCUUGCCAAGACACUUGACAACCCUCCGUUCAUCUACAUCACGGCUUCCCCUUACCAGCUCUUCCCAUUGCUGCGUGACUUUCUCAAGGCGUCAUUCCCAAAUAGCCUCGGUCCUAUCUUUUCACAGAAUCUGACCCUUGAAGAUGUCACCCAAGUCGUUGAUAUCAUCUCCAACCCCAACGAUAUCUUAGACUUUAAGCUCUCUCAAAUCGAUCGCGUCCAAGCCAUGUACCCGAACAAAACGUUUUUAACCGUCGGUGACUCAACGCAGUCGGACCCAGAAGUAUAUGCUGGAGCGUACAGGAAAUACGGCGACUUUAUCCGAUGCAUCUGGAUCCAUAGAGUGGAUGGUGCCAACAAUUCUUACGAGAGAUUUAUUACUGCUUUCGAAGGUGUUCCAAAGAACAAGUACAGAAUCUACACGGAUAACGAUAUUGCUGGCCUUGCAGACAUUGAUGUUGCAGGAGGCUCAUGUUAGCUCGC